CCUCCCACCUCCCCCAUCUUCCUAUUUACUCUCCGAUAAAAAAGAAUUCUUCCCCAGCGCAAAUUCGCCUCCGCUUUCUCCAUUUCCUCUGUAUUUUAUUCGAUUUCUUCUGGAAUAAUUUUUGAGUGCAGAGAGCUCUCACGUACAACCGCGCGCGUCGGGCUGUUCGGCGCAGGGCAGGGGAGGAGCGCGUCGGAUUCGGGGGCUAGGGUUUCGCCCUCGCGAGAUGGACGGCCGGGAACAGCAGCAGCAGCAGGCACGCGUGAGCUCGCCGCCGGCGGCUGGCGGCGUCAUGAUGCCGCAGCACGCCUACGGUGCCGCGCCGGCGAUGCCACCGGGUUCCGCUAAUGUUAUGCACGGGAUGCCGCUGGGCUUCAACCCCAUGUCUUCGCCAGGAGCCUCGUCGUCCAUGAAGCCAGCGGAGAUGCCGGGGGCCAUGUACCGGCCUGAUUCUGCCCCGCCGGGCAUGCAGCAGACCAGUGGCGCCGGUGCCAUCGUGGUCAGCGGCAGCGGCGGUGGGGAGCUCGUGAAAAAAAAGAGGGGGAGGCCGAGGAAGUAUGGGCCGGACGGAAGCAUCGGUUACGUGCCGAAACCUGUCGCCGGAGCGACCUCUGAAGCCGGUGCUGGUUCGAACUCGAACCCUGACGGGAAGCGCAGAGGGCGCCCGCCUGGUUCCGGGAAAAAGAAACAAUUGGCCGCUUUAGGUUCUUCAGGGACAUCAUUUACUCCUCACAUAAUAACCGUGAAGCCUAAUGAGGAUGUUGCUUCAAAGAUAAUGUCUUUUUCUCAACAAGGUCCACGUACUACAUGUAUACUCUCAGCAAACGGUGCGCUGUGCACAGCAACACUCCGUCAACCAGCAACCUCUGGUGGCAUCGUGACAUAUGAGGGCCACUUUGAUAUUCUCUCCCUGUCGGGCUCAUUUCUUCUUGCGGAGGAUGGUGACACUCGUAGUAGGACAGGUGGUUUGAGUGUGGCACUCUCUGGAAGUGAUGGACGUAUUGUAGGAGGUUGUGUUGCUGGAAUGCUAAUGGCUGCGACGCCUGUCCAGGUUGUGGUGGGCAGUUUCAUUGCUGAAGGUAAAAAGCCCAAGGAAGAACAACAGAAACGCGAGCCAAGUUCUGCGCCAAUGCACACUGCUGGCUUUGGUGCACCCUCAGCUGCCAGUCCUCCAUCCGAUGGAACAUCAAGCGAUCACUCUGAUGACCCGGGGAGCCCCAUGGGACCUAAUGGCAGCACGUUCAACAACGCAGGCCAUCCCAUGCAAGCUUCAUAUGCUCCAGCGGGCUGGUCGCUUCCUGGGAAUCAAGGCCGCUAUGAUCCAGACCUGAAGAUAAUGACAGACUGAUGGCUCCCAAUUCGCAGCAUUCUUUUUAGUACUUGACAUAAUUGAGUGUUAUAGGGUUCAGGAGUUCCUGCACCGGCGCCAGCGUCAUUGUCGGCCAAUAAUCCGGUGUCCUAGCAGUAAUCGGAGAGCCCGAGUUUAGAGCUCAGGAGCAAUAAGUAACCUCAGGGCGCCUCAGGCCUUGCCCUGUUAUUGUACUAGUCAGAAGCUUUUACUGUUUGUAUCUCCUAUCCGCUUUCCUAGUCAGUAAGUAGCAUAAGCAGUCUGUCUUCUGGAGUUAUGUCAUAGUAUGGUUUUUAUUAUUCAUGGAUUUGUAUUUCUCUCUGCCCUCUAGUAUCAGCAUGUAAGAGUUUGGAAUGCCAUAUUGCAUAUUGCCGUGUUUACAUAAUUCA